ACUCCCGCCAGGCCAGCACUGGGGCCACCAUUCCGUCCCUGUCUCCAUGAUGCUCCGGUUGCUGCUGCUCUGCGGGGCCCUGGGCUGCGGCGCAAACCAGGCAGCCCCGCUCACCUUCACCAUGCUGCAACGGACCCACAUCUCCAAGGGAAACUCUGUCUUCUGGGGGAAUGCCAGCCUGGAUGGGAGGCUCAGCCAUCUCCUGGAUGGGCUUAAUGUCACCCAGGUGCUGCCACUGGAGCCACCAGAUGUCUGGGCCAGGUGGCAGCAGGACAUGACCACCUACCUGUACUAUUUCAGCCAGCUGGUGAAGCUCUUCAGCAAGGAGAGGCCCUUCAACUACACCCAGAGCCUGAGCUGCCUCCUGGGUUGCCGCCUCUUCCCCAAUGGCACGGCCCACAGCUUCUACGAGGUGACCCUCAAUGGGACGGCUUUCCUCAGCUUCCAUGUCUCCAACGCCACCUGGCAGCGACACUGGCCUGGCAGUGGCACGCUGGCUGCCUUUGCUGAGAAGGAGCUGAUGAAGUACCCCAAGACCACCCAGGACCUCCAGCAUUUCCUCAACACCAACUGUGUUGGCAUCCUGCAGGCUCAGAGCACCUGGACAGAAAAACAGAGCAGCCGAUCACACACACCUCUGGUGACGGGCCUGAUCCUGGGGACCUUCGCCUUGUUGGGUAUGGCUGUGGGGAUCUUCCUCUGCACGGGAGGGAGCUGCUAGUGGAGCUGGCAGCCAUCCCACAUCACCCUGUGGAGACAGGGGACAGACCCAUCAUCACCCCAUGGAGGCAGGGAUCAAGACCAUGCCCCACAAGGGAUGUAUCUCCCCAGUGCAGCAGGCUUUGCUCCCAAAGGACACCAGUGGCUUCCCUGCGCAGUGCCAGCUGGGUUGACCCCUCCAACAGCGGCACCCUGCCCUGGGAACAGUCCCCAUGCCAGGCUGGCACAGUGCACCAAGACUUAAUGCAGAUAUAUGCUUGGCACGGAUGGAAAAAAUGGGGAGGGGCAAGUGACAGGAGAAACAGCCAAGAAAGGGUUAAAAGGAUGGCACUGAAACCCUCAUUUAUCCCAGUUCCAGUAGGGAUGAAUGUCUGGGAGGGAGGAUGCCACACUUUCGUGACCCUGCUUUGAGAUGUUGUGUAAUAAAACUGCCCAUGAACUUUCA